ACUCGACUUGCAACGGAUGCUACUUAAACCAGAGAAUAGAAGGCCAAUUGUCUCCUCCUCUCCUCUUCCUUCUGCUCUCUGCGCUUGUUUCCUGCAGAGAGAGCUCAUUGCCUAGCCGUGUCAAGCUUCUCUACUCAACUACAGUGUUGUUAUUUCCAGGAAAGUAUGGCAUCCAAUAGGGUUCAAGGUGGAAUCCAACAAUUGCUGACUGCAGAACAAGAAGCUCAACACAUUGUCAAUGCAGCCAAAAGUGCAAAAAUGGCUAGGCUGAAACAAGCCAAAGAAGAGGCUGAAAGGGAGAUUGCUGAAAAUCGGGCCCAAAUAGAGCGUGAGUUUCAGAGGAAAGUUGCAGAGAGCAGUGGAGAUUCAGGUGCAAAUGUUAAGCGGCUUGAGCAUGAGACAGAGGCAAAGAUCCAUCACCUGAAAACAGAAGCUGCAAGGAUAUCACAGGAUGUUGUUGACAUGCUUCUGAAGCAAGUGACGACUGUGAAAAAUUAAGUCUGGAUCAUAGAGGUGAUAUUGCAAACUCCUAAAUCUUGUUAGUUUUGGAUGGGUUCAUCCUGGACCUUAGACUUCCUGUGUGCUGUGGGUAAGAUUCCUAUUCCGGUACUUGUUAUGUGUCGUAUUGCACUUUAUCCAAGGAGAAUAACUUAUGUUUUUAUUGUUUGAAUGAAAUAACAUCCCUGAAAUUCUAGCCA